AUGAAUAACAUUGAGAACUACCGGUACGAUUCUAACGAUAUUGACGGCGUUCCUGGAGAUAUUCUAGUGGACAUGCACUGCAAUUCAGACAAUGACACAACGUUGGAUGAUUGUAGUGUAAAUUUUCAGGAGCUCCCUAGCCUCGAACCGUCACUGCUUAAAGACUCGUCUUUCUCCGAUUUUCACAUGCAAGACUAUUGGGGCAGUGACUCUACUGUCAGCCCCGACGAGGAUGUGCCAAGUACACCUUUGAAACGAAAACGAGACGACGAACAUGUUGAUGAAUUGUCGAUGCAUUUCUUCACGGAUGAUGUCAUCAGUUCUCCCAUGACGACUCCUUCGUUGCCCCCCAAGAAAGCCGCCAAGCUUCGAAUUGCCACUCCAAGUACUGACGACGACACCACUGUUGCUCACUGUAAUAAGGACGACAACAUGGAAUUUCAAGAUCCGCUCCUCGCAAUGCCACUGUCCGAGAUUCCCAGCGGCUUUGAUACUCUCAUGCGCCCUGACAAAAUCUGUUCUGGAACCAAAACUGUCGCUAGUCCUCGCAGUCCCAUCGAAGGCAACGAGACAAAAACAAUCGUUUGCCAUCCUGAGGCUCCGAAUGGGACAGGUGAAGUGGUGCGUACUACUUCCAGAAAAGGAAUGGAUCUUGAACUUCUCCCCCUUCCAGAACUCGAGAUUUGUCGUCCAAAGGCAAUGCUCCCACAAGUUACUCUGCACCCCGUGAAAGAUCCAGUGUCUCGACAACUCCUCUUUCCACCAAUGGAAGCCUCCCCGUUCAUCGGUCUACCGGUCCUGACAAACAAAUCCAAGCUUUCCUUCCCACUGGCGCUGGCGACCAGUGGUUCGAUUCAGUCGAAUCCGUCGAUUUCGACUGCAAGACGUCCUUUGCCCAAGCUUCUCCCAAGAAACUAUUGUAGCAAUCCUUUCGACAGCCGUGCUGUUUUCAAACCAGUCACACCUUCUACACCAAGACUUCCAAGAGAAGACAUGUUCCUUCAUUUGGCUGCAGUCGGACCACUUCCGCAAAAUGCUAUGAAAGAGCAAUUUACUCGUCCUGCGGCCGCAGUCACACCGGAACAACACCACAUGAAAAUGACCGUGCAAGAGACUCCCAAGGUCAAAGUGAAGCGAGGACGACCCCCCAAGAAGACUCCAACCUCCAAGACAGCACAAGAAAAGAAGCAAGCCGCCAAGAAAAAGGCACCAGUCAAAAAGGAGACACCCGUCAAGAGACCAGCAAUCAAGAAGAAGGCAAAAAAGACCAAACAACAGUACCAGACCAAGAACGCAGGAAAAUGGAGCAAGAGAUAUGAAGAAGCCAAGGCCUUUAUCAAAACACAUGGCCACGGUCUCAUUCCCAAUCAAUAUUCCCCCAAUCCUGACCUUGGUGGCUGGGCCAAGCGCCAGCGAUACCAGUACCAACUCUUUACAAAAAAUCGAAACAACGUCCGCGCCAACGGAACUUGCAAAAGUUCCAUUUCCGAGGAACGCAUCGAGUUGCUCAACAAGAUUGGCUUUUGCUGGCAACACAAGACCAGCAAGUGGGAGAACCGAUACGAAGACCUCAAGCGAUUCGUCCAGAAGUAUGGUCAUGCUGCGGUGCCCACCACAUUCGCAGAGGAUCAGACACUCUCUGGAUGGGUAAAGGUUCAGCGUCGCCAGUACAAGCUCUUUCUCACCGGAGAGAAGAGUUCCAUGACAAUGGAACGAAUCAAUCUCUUGAACAAGUUGGGAUUCUGCUGGAGCAUCAAGAAUAUCACAAAUGCGCCCGGCCUUGAAGAACCACCAAGAGCUGUGGAACAACCACCAAAAGACAAUGUCUUGGUUGUGGACAAAAUCUCCAGCGCGGAUAUGUCCAAGUAA